GAUGGUUUACAAUUGAGUUUUGUUGUUUAUAGUGGUUUAAAUUAUCUUCGCCUUUAGCGGAUUUAUAUUCACGGUGCAUUAUCAUAAAAAAUCCUUAGAUAUGCGAUUAAUUUUGGUGUUCUGGAUUUAUAUUUAUUCACAUAAUUAUACAACAUGCUUCAAGGAUUAUUCAGGUACAGACAUUGGUUACAACUGCAAGUUCGAUGCUGAAUGCACGGCAGGAAACGGCGGGGAAUACUCUAAAUGCAACCAAGACUUGAAUAUAUGUAUUUGUACAAUCAACCAUUUAGGUGAGGACAAAUGUAUGCAGGACAGCGAUAAAUAUGACGGUGUCUGCAGAUACGAGACUCUUUAUAAUAAGAAGGGAUUUUGUACGUUAGAAUGUUCACCAAAAGGAACAACAAAAUGGCAGGAAAGUCAAGACUGGUAUGGUGAAAUUGUACAACCGUUUGCCUCAAUAAUACCCGAUAAAAAGACGCCUGCUUGUUACGACCCGAGGAGAGCGUUUAACAGCAUUCCAGAUGGAUUUGAGAUAAAAUCAUCAACUUUACCAGAAGCUGGUUUAGGGGUUUUUACAAAUAUUUACAUUGAACGAAACACCGUGUUUGGUCCAUUCAAAGGUACUUUUGACCAGGAAGAAGAGACCGCCGUGGCUUCCGGAUAUAGUUGGAUGAUACAGCCACGUGAUGGAGAAGAUCGAGCUGACAUUGUAUGGAUAGAUGCCAAAGACGUCUCUCUGUCAAACUGGUUGAGAUAUUUUAACACCCCUACAACAAUAGCCAUGGAAAAUGUUGUUGCUUUUCAAUUUAAAGGAGAAAUGUUUUAUCAAGUAUUUAAGUCUAUACAACCUGGAACCGAAAUGCUAAUUUGGUAUGGCGAAAAUUACGGAGAUUAUCUCAAAAUAGAGGAAUUCGAGCCUCCGAGAUACUAUUUCUCAUACCGUAAAUAUAUAGAUUCUGAAUCAACAGUUUUAUUUUUAAUUAUUCAAAUGUAG